AAUAACUACUUGAGACAAAUUACCUAUGACCACAGUCUACAAACUGACAAACUGAUAGCCGCACUUAGACAGCUAAAAUCCUUAGAAUAUGAUAUUUUCAUACUCAGAGGCGCGUAUUAAAAGAAGUCAUUAGCCAGUUAAAAACUGUUUCUCGAUCGCCUGUCAAACCACGAAAAUAAAAGUGGUUACCAGACGGGGACCUGUAUAACUUUUUGUUCGUUUCAAAUCUUAUUUAAAAUAUCAGGCACGUUAAAGAAUGGUUCAACGUCACGUUUUUGUAUUUAUGUUCGGAUUUUGCUGCAUCAGCUUGAAAUGUGGAUAUCUCUUUGCUCGUACGAUAAAAAAUAAAAAGUGUAACGAAGCCGUUGGCAUCCAAUCAGGAGAUGUGGACGAUGACGAUAUUACAGUUAGCAGCAAACGUAAAGAUUUUAACGUGCUUGAUGCGUGGUGUCCUGCCACCAUUAACAGGAAACAAUAUUUUGACGUAAACUUGGGUUUUAAGACAAAGAUAACAAAAGUGAGCACUCAAGGUCGUUUAGGAAGUCUUGACAGACAUGUCAAGUCGUACAGACUGUACUACAGUAUGGAUGGUCAUGACUGGAAAGCAUAUAAGACAGAUGGUGUGGAUAAGAUAUUUAAAGGCAAUCAGAAUUCCUAUGAUGUUUCGGAUCACAUUUUAAAGCCGGCAAUAAUUGCAAAUCAUAUCAGAAUAAAUCCAACAUCUUGGAAAAACGACAUUUGUUUAAGAGUAGAAUAUUACGGCUGUGACGCCUAAAACGCAUCUUCUGACUUAUCAGUUAUGGUUUGAACAACAAAAAUCAGCGCUUGAGGAAGAUUCAGUUCAGCGCCAAAAUACGACUCCGGAAAGACUGACAAUCAUAUUCAAACCAUCCGUGGCAUCGCGCGAUAUCAUCGUACAUUGGACAUUUUUGAUGGUCAAUGUGUAACAAUAGUUUGCCUUGGAAGUUGGAAUCUGGAACACAUCCAGAUACCUUAAGAGUUUGACUGUAGUUCUAUUUUUGUAUAAAUCAUUUUUGUAUAAACACCGGGGGACAAUAUACUGGAGUAGAUUUACGUCCCACAAUAGUUCUUGAAGUUGAUUAUAAUUUAUAAAGCAAAGAAAGAAGCUAUAUUGUGAGAAAGGUGACGAAUUUCUUCAACGAAAAUUCUGAACGAAGCAGAAUAGCGUCAUGAUCUCAUCCACAACGCUACGAUCAGUUUACUUGUCGAUUGGCACUAGAUGGUUACAGGAGUGAAUAUCGUGGUGUGUGCGCGUAAUUAAUCGGAGAGCAUUAACAAAUUAAGAGGAUUUGAACAGUUAAAAUACUAAUACUCUAAUGGUUUCGUGGUUUAUGAGAAUCUAAAGAAUGGAGACUGCUGUAACAGUGUAAAGGCUAGUUUCCACUCAGGAAAAUUCUCCUUUGAAUCGGAUAGGACAGGAAAGUUU